AUGGCGUCGUCGUUGCCCUCGGAGGCCCGUCCUUCCACUCCCCGUGCCGCGUCGUCGUCAAAUGACGACGUGUCGUCCCCCGUAUCCCACCCGCUGCCACCAGCGCAGUCGCGCGAUGCCACAAUUCCGUCUCGCUACUUUCCUCCAGCCAACAGCGGCAACAUCUUAGUCCCCAGCUCGAGCCCCCUAGGCCCAUCCGCCUUGUCGGCGUACGUCCCUUACGGCCAUGCUCGCCCUCAUGACGUGGGCGCCAUCCAAUCCGCCAAGACCCAAUUCCAGGUUACCUGGGACGAUCCACUCACAGCAUCUACUUCAUUCUCAUCCAACAACACUCUCGGUCGUCACCCGCGCGACAGGAACGAUGUGAAUGGAGCGGAGGGCCCUCCACGUAAGCGCCAGAACCGGGGGCACGGGCAACUCAUCGACCUGACGAUGUCGCCCGAUUCUCCCGACGUGCGGGGGCCCGGUAUCAAGAGACGCACAGUACCAACCGCCGGUUCGUCUUCGGAUGACGAUGACUUCUUGCCUGUUGCGGACAGUGCAGCAGGGCCGUCAACAUCCCGAAUCACACGCAAUCGACCCUCACCACCCGUGAUGUCGACGCCGAAUGUCAGUACAUCAUCACCUGGUCCGGACGCAAUGUUCUUGCGCUUCAAAAUCACUAUGCCGACGGAGUCUCCUCAGCGUAUCGAGGCGGCAUGGCGGCAGGCUAACCACGAUGUGAAAAAGGCCACGGCGCUACUCACAGACCCAAACUGGGCGCCGCCGACGCCGCCAUCAGUGACGACGUCCUCUCCAGCUCCACGGCCAGAGGUGGUUGGGCGUGUAAGAGAGGUCGACGAAGCGACGAAAGCCCAGCGACUGGCGGCCAAGGAGACGGGCAAACGGUCAGCGAUCUACGCCAAGCGGCCUGUGACCACCACUGCGCGCGAAACCCAGUUCCUGCACUAUACGCCCCCGCAGCCCAAAGAGCGAGCUGUCUCGUCCCCUGCGCCUCGUGUCAUACCGAGGAGAAAGGCGGCCCGUAAGAUAGUCGAUUCAGACUCCGACGAGAACUACUCUGAAAGCGAUGAUGAUGCAAGUCGGGGUCGGCCAGAUAAUUCGGAGAGGUUCAGGACCAGAGCCCUGGAAUACUUCAAUUCAGCUGCCCCUGAAGCUUUAGCGGAGCUGACUGGCUGCACGCCAGAACAGGCUAACAUCAUCGCGUCUCUGCGGCCGUUUGAGGAUGCUGAUGAGCUCGAAGCGAAGCUCAAGCAAGGCAAGAAGAAGGCUGGGCCCGGGGGAAUCAGUCCGAAGAUGUUUGCGGACUGCGUCAGCACAUUUGAAGGAUAUGGCACCGUCGACUCGAUCCUAGAAGAUUGCGAGGAGACUGGAGUAGACUUGCAGACAGCGAUAUCCUCAUGGGGAGCUACAGACCAGACUGAGGACGGGGCCCUCAGUCUACACGAGAUGAAAGUGUCAUCCGACAAACCGAAGGAUUACCUCGACCGGCAGCCAGAGCUCUUGGCCGAUGGGAUUCAACUGAAGGACUAUCAGCUCCUCGGGGUGAACUGGCUCAAUCUGUUAUACCGACGCAACUUCAGCUGUAUCCUGGCCGAUGAAAUGGGGCUGGGCAAAACAGCGCAAGUCAUCAGUUUUCUUGCGUAUCUGAAAGCGCAAGGAAAUGUCGGACCGCAUCUUAUCGUUGUCCCGUCUUCGACGCUGGAAAAUUGGUGCCGUGAGUUUGCACGAUUUGCACCCUCGAUCGAGGUGCAGACGUACUAUGCCGGGAAAUCGGAGCGACCAGAGCUCAGGGAAACCUUGCUCGAGUCUCAACGAUCCAAAGGCGAUGGUUCCGAAGGCUGGGAUGUCUUGAUCACGACGUACAACCUCGCGGCGCAAGGGGACGAACGCGAUCGCAGAUUCUUCCGAAAGAUUGAAUGGGAUUGUUGCGUCUUCGAUGAGGGACACGUUCUGAAGAACUUUCAGUCCCAGCGGUAUCAGACAUUGCUCAAAUACGAGUCCAAGUGGCGGCUUUUAUUGACGGGCACCCCCCUUCAGAAUAAUCUGCAGGAGCUCGUGUCUCUCAUGAAUUUCAUUCUACCUGGCAAAUUCUCGGAGUCGAUGGAAGCCCUGCGGGCCAUCUUCAAGGUCAGAGGCGACACCAAGGUCUCCUUGUUGUCCCAGGAACGGGUCUCUCGUGCUAAGAAGAUGAUGACACCGUUUGUGCUGCGUAGGAGGAAGGACCAGGUGCUUAAGGAUCUGCCCAAAAAAACCGAGCGUGUCGAAUGGUGCAUGAUGACACCUUUGCAAAAGUCGAUAUAUGCGGAUGCCAUUCAGCGUUCCCGAAAGUUUGUGCUGGAGACAAUCGAGGACGACACAGACGCCGCAGACUCGAAGCCAUCUGGGAAGAAGCGUCCAAAAGCAGCCGCGGCAGUCAAGAAGACGUACCAAGAGAACAGCUCGAAUGUGUUGAUGGAUCUGCGCAAGAGCGCUUUGCAUCCCAUGUUGUUCAGGACCCUGUUUACCGACCGGACUUUGGACGGAAUCACCAAGCAACUGCUUAAGGAGCCGGACUUCAAAAAGCGCGGCGCUCGUUACGAUUAUGUCAAGGAGGACAUGUCCGUGAUGACUGAUGCAGAGCUGCAGCAUUUUUGCGGAACGUACAAAUCCACUCAGAAAUUCCUCCAAGACGAUCAGUCUUAUUUGGAUGCCGGCAAAGUCGAGGCUCUGAUGCGUCUGCUCGCAGAAUUCCGUGAGCAGGGCAGAAAGGUCCUGAUCUUCUCCCAGUUCACUCAAAUCUUGGAUAUUCUCCAAGCAAUCUUGAAGCAGAAGCACAUCCGAUUUCUCGUGCUCACUGGAUCCACCCCAGUCGAUGUGCGCCAGUCGUUGGUCGACGAGUUCUCGGAGACGGAUUCGAUCAAUGUUUUCCUGCUGUCGACUAAAGCCGGUGGCAUGGGCAUCAAUCUUACCGCGGCUUCUGUUGUCAUAAUGUUCGAUCAAGACUUCAACCCUCAUAACGAUCGCCAGGCCCAGGACAGAGCCUAUCGAAUCGGCCAGAAACGCGAUGUAGAUGUCAUCAAACUGAUUUCUCGCGGGACCAUCGAGGAGGACAUGCUUAGAUUGGGAGAGACCAAGUUAGCAUUAGACCAAGCUGUCGGCGGCGCGGCAGCCGAUCCCGACGACAAGAGCACCGACGACAGCGCACCCGAGCGAGAAAUGAAGACGUCCUUGCUGCAGUCUCUCCGAAAGCAGUUUACGGACACGACGGAUGCAUCGAAAGCGGAAGUGACGGAGAUGGACGUCUCCUGA